GUAGUCUACGGUGCUGCCUAGGCAGACAGUAGUUGAGCCCAGUCCCGCACCCAAAAGGAAAAAUAAAAAUUAAAAGUUCGGGCUCCCUGCAGUCGUGCCGUCGACCAACGAGAUUGUGGUGUUGAAUGGAGAAGGCUAGCAACAGUCUUGUUACUCACAUGAACACCACACUCUCUUUGCCACUUCAUUCUCACCUUUUAUCAGCAGUUUCUUCUCACCAAACCUUCUCACAUCACGCCCACAAAAGCUGCCUCCCACUUCGAGCUUCGCUUCCUUCUCUUUAUUAUUCCACACGCGGCCCACCUUCCCUCAAUUGCGCAAAUCCCGAUGCUACAGGGAGUAAGGUGGGUGCUGUGGAUUCAUCUCUUGCAGUGAAGAAACAAGCAGCAGAUGUAUCCCCCGAGCUAAAAGGGACUUCUAUUUUUCUGGUUGGCAUGCAAAAUUCCCUGAAAACCAGUUUAGGAAAGAUGCUAGCUGAUAUGUUGCGAUAUUAUUAUUUUGACAGUGAUAGUUUGGUUGAAGAAGCUGUUGGUGGUGCACCUGCUGCAAAAUCCUUUAGAGAGAAAGAUGAAAUGGCCUUACAUGAAUCUGAGACUGAAGUGUUGAUGCAAUUGUCAUCUAUGGGCCGACUAGUAGUUUGUGCUGGCAACGGUGCAGUUCAAAGUUCAACUAAUCUGGCACUUCUGAGACACGGGAUUUCCUUGUGGAUAGAUGUUCCGCUAGACAUCAUGGCUAGGGAUGUAUGUGAAGCAUCAUCAUCAGGAUCUUACCCUGAGGUAACAGAUCAACUAGCUGCACUAUACAACAAAUACAGGGAUGGAUACGCUACAGCUGAUGCAAUUAUUUCAGUUCAAAAAGUUGCUUCUAGGUUGGGGUGUGAUAAUUUUGAUGACAUUACAAUCGAAGAGAUGACAUUAGAGGCGCUAAGGGAGAUCCAGAAGUUGACUAGAGUGAAGAAGAUGCUGGAAGAGGCUGCAAGACCGUUCUAAUCAAACAUGGCUUGUUUCAUGUCUUAUCUUGAAAUUACUUUCGAUUAGUUGUUUUACUCUGAAAUGAUGUACCAAGGGAUUUGUUACUAUAUAUUGUUUUUACUAUAUAUAGCUCCACACUAUGAGAGUGGCGGAUUAUUACAUAACAAACCUUUAGUAGUGAUUAUGCAUUUUUAAACAGUUGCACAAA